AUAAGAUAAUAAUUAAAAAAAUACGUUUCAGUAUUGUCACAAUAUUCAAAGAUUUCUGAAGUAUUCAUCGUAGAAAUAUAGUCGUUUUUCUAAAGAAAAGUACAAGUAAUUCACCAUUUACCACAAGAACAUCACAACUUAAAGACAAGAUUAAGCAUGUUCUACAAACGAAUAAAAGACUAUAUACUUCUAUGUAUGCUUAUUACCUUCUUAACUAUUUCAAUAUCUAAAGCGAAGUACUCUAAAUGCAAUAUUGGAGCUUGCGAGUGAGUUGAUUCAUCGCCUAUUUCUUAUUUAAUCAUUUACUUAUUUGAACACAUAAGCAUUGGUACAAAAAGGCACCAAAUAGAUAUGCGCCACAUAAAAUCAUUCGACUUGUGUGACAGAUGGGAUACUGCCCGUGUACCCAAACCGAAACAGGUCGUUUUCUUAGGGGUCUACACCCUAAGCCUUUGACCUAAGAGUUUGAUCCACAAGACAGUAGAGCAAUGUCAUGAGAUGCAGUUCCAUGGUAUCCGGUAACCAACGACUGGUUCAUAGGCCAUUUGUUCCAUCAGGAUCUUGGGGCCGGCCCAUGUACACCAUUGGUUUGGAAUCAGGGUUUUCCAACUCCCAUAGGUAAACUCUCCGUAUUCACCAAUCCGGUUAAAAUACCGAACAUUCGGUCUCCGUCAUCUCGAUUUCGUAAACAACGCCCGUUGUGCGAGAAGGUGGUGAGGCGGACUUCUCUGUGAGUGGUUGUAUGUACGUGGUCAUUUGAGAGCAUUUAGAGAGAGAGAGCUGACUACCUCCACUCUCAUCUGUACCAGGGCAUUUAGGGGCUAAGACAAUUGAGCAUGCGAGAAUUCGAACUUGUUACCUUCCGACUCAUUCCUUAAAUUAUUAUAAUAAUUAUUUUUGAUUAAGGUCCAUGCAUAAUUGAUUAAUGUAUUUUAUAAAGAUCAUCUUCAAUCUAUUUUGACCAUCAAUUAUAUGUUUGAAUCAUUCUCUUCAAGAUCACUCACUGUACACAAUGAUUGUGGUGAAGAUUAUAUUCAAUACGUAAAAGUGCAACUUCAUUCAUGCUUCUUAAAAAUAAUCAUUAUGAUAUAGGUGAAACGAGUAUCAUUUAGGUGUUCUAUAUAAUAAAUAAGGCUCUUUGAAUGAUUGAUAUUCGUUUCGUAUUAUUACACUAAAUCUGCAUUUACAUUACCUUGCUUGAUCGCCCUACAAACGUUUGUGCAGUUCAAUUUUAAGGAUAGGUAAAGUCAAAUGAAAAGUCAUCAGAAUAAAUGAUCUCUUUCUAAUAUCGUUUUCUACACUAACAAUCACCCAAGAUCUAAUUUAGGGCAUUCACUUCUCAAUAGGAACACGAUAUUAUCGAAAUAAUGAGUCGAAACACAAUGCCCUACGUUUUCAGAUUCAAUCCAUUCGUUCGGUCAUCAUCCAAACUCACAUUUACUCACUAUUCAUAAACAUCAUAUACCAAUAUUUAUGAAUUCUAGUAUACUAUUUAUGAGCUUGCUUUGAAACUAGUAUGGCGAGUUACUGAAGAUUAGUGUAUUUAAGCUUUACUUAAAGGUUUACGAAGGCAAAUCACUUUUUAAUACUCAUUGUUUAGAUGAAAUAUAUUGGUGAGACUACAAUUUAUGUACGACCUUUGAGCAACACUAGAGUAACCUUGAGAGGGUCCAGUUAAUAACUAGAACCAAAUGAAGAUUAUAAACCUGUAUGAGGAAUUAUAAUUAUAUUUAGGGUUUUCAUCAUGAACUAAUAUAAGCUAUAAUGCCAAAACUCAAUUUAACCAAAUGCAUGAGUGAAUUUCGCACCAAAAUCUCAAACCUGUUAUCUUAUAUGUGAUUGGUUCGUCCAUAAAUAAUAGUGUUGCAGUCAUAUUGUUCAAUUUUUAUUUACUUAACAGUAACCUGAAACCUUUUAUAAAUCAGUUUUGCAAGAAGUGGUUUACAAUUGAAAUAGCUCAGUGAUGAGGAAUUCGAACUUAUAAGAAACAUCAUUUAGAACUUCGUUAAGAAAUCCCUUACUGAUCACUAUCAAUCAGCAUGAAACCUUUAUUCAGUUCUUCCCUCUAACUUCCUCCAGUAAACUGGCAUUUCAGUCUUUUGAUAUAUGAUUCUGUAAAUUACUAAACUUGAGUUUAUAGUUUUAUCGAAGUUUAAGGUUUUCGAGUAACCUCGUAAUUUAGAGACCGACACCAUAAAAAGCUUACGAUGUUUCAAUGUUUUAAUUACAGAAUCACAUUGAAAUCUUCAAGGUACAUAUAAAAAUUGUUACAGUAUUAUGAGUCUAAGGUAUAUAUCACCAUGCUAACUUAGGAAUGAUAAUAUUAAUUACAAACUGCAUAGUUAAUACAUUUCCAGAGUAUUAUACAAGUAAAUCUAACAAAAUUACAUCCUUUAUAAUUAACAUAAUUCACUUGGUGUUGUUAACUUGAAUCUUCCCAUUGUUAUUUAGAACUGCAAUCGAUCAAUCUCUUAUUGACAUAUGUGCAUCCUGUGCGAAUUGCCUCGAUAUUAGCAUUAGAAGCAAAGACAGAUACUGGCUAGUAGUAGAAUCCAAUUUGACGUGCGUUUCGUCCUAUUUAAGACUCGUCAGCCUAAUGUAUCUGGAUCUCAGAGUUGAUGUUCACUCCGUGACUCGAUCCCAUUACCAUUCGUUUCAAAUGCCAUCGCGUUAUCCAUUUGGCUACUGAGUCCUGAUAGCCACUUUCUUGUGCAAUGAGGUCAAAAGCUUUAUAAACAAAGAUGGACAAUGGUUAGCAGUGGAACAUAAUUGUUCAUAUAUCUAUACAUUUUUGAAAUUAUACUUAUAUUAUUGUUACCAUGGAUAAAAAAUGGAUUCACAUAUAAUGUAUACUUUGUUUUAUAUUUUCAGACGAUGUGUGUUAAGUGAACAAAUUUCUAUGAAUGAAUGUUGUUCCAAUCCUUCAAUUCAUGAUGUCUGUAAUUUUUGUGAUCAAAACUCUGAAACAGAAAUCGAUAUAUCUGAUUGUCUUUCGACCUAUUUUCGAAUUAUGUUAAAAAGACGAGGAAUGAUUGGCAAACGUCGAGGUUUUAUGGGUUAAUUUCAAUGAAGUCAUAUAAAGAAUAGAAAGAAGUACUUUUAAAGAGAGAGAAAAAGUUCUAUAUUAUUAAACAGUUUAUAUACAUACUACAUGUAAUUCAUUUUAUCACCCUUUAAUCAAUUAAUGAAACAUUUCAAAUGUAAAAAAAAAGGAAUAAAGUUUUUG